CUCCUUAGCAUAUAUUAUCCGCCGGCAUUGGAGGGGAAAGGUCUUUGGUGUGUGGGAGGAAACCGAAGAUCGAAAGUUCGAGACGUUGAGGGCUGUGUGGACCUGGCACUGAGGAGGUGAGGUCAGGGACCAACCCUGACCAUGAUGAGGCAGGCCUGAGGUUCCAAGUGGUCUACCCCUGCCCUGUUUCCUUGCGCUCUGGUGCGUGAUGGGUGAAUGGGACUUGGCAACUUUCAGACAGCUGCAGCGAUCCACAGGGAACAUGAAGAGAACAAGGCACCCCAGGAACAUGAAGAAGCAAUCCAUGCAGGACAAGGUAAAGCAGGCUAUUAGAAAGAACAACCAGAUCCUGGAGGGUCCAGCCACUGCUUCUGGCCAUGCUGCUGUUCCUGACCCUGCUCCUGCUUCAGUUCCUGUCCCAUCUCCUGCCCUAUCUUAUGUCUCAACACCUUCACCAGUUCCUACCCCAUCUCCUGCGUCAGCACCUUCACCAGUUCCUACCCCAGUUCCCACCCCAGCUCCUGCCCCAGAAUGGGACUCGGAUUUGGCUCAGGAAACUGAUGCCUCAGCUGCGCCGGCGAAGAAGAAGAUGAGGGUGGUCACAAGGCCUUAUAAUUUUACCAGGGAACAAGAGGGAGACCUGGUAGAAUGGUAUCAGGCCCACCGAGAACUGUACGUUAAGUACCAUAGUGAUUUCAGGAGCACAGAUCGCCGCAACGCGAUGCUUGAAGACAAGGCGAAGGAGUUCCCUGGCUGCUCUUAUGACCAACUGUGUCAAUGGCUCAAGAGUCAGAGGACACGGUUCGGGAAGCUGUCUCACAGUCUUGGCAAGUCUGGCUCCGCCAGUAAGCCACUGACUGACAGAGAGCAGUGGAUCAUGGAGAAAUGGGGGUUCGUGCGGAACCACAUAGUCCGAGUGCAUAGGAGGCAGAGCGGCAGGAAGCUUACCAUGGGGAAAUCAUCGUGCGCCACCUCGAGUGAGGGCAAGACGGAUCCCUCAGAGGGACCCUCUGGGUCCGGCACUGCGUACAAACGGGAGCCGGCCCGCACAACUGCGGCAGAUUGCGACGUGCCUGUUCAACAACUUCAGCGGGAGAUGUUCGCGGAUAUCAUGCGACAGGCUAAGACCACUGCCGAGUCAAUAAACGUCAUGUCGCAGCCAAGGACGCCGCACGAAAGAAUCGUUUACGCCUACUCAGCGCUACUGAGGGAGGAGAUGUUGCAGAUUCCCGAGUCACAAUGGCACAGCUACUGCUUGGAGGGCUUGGUCUUGGCAAGGGCGCACAGACUUCUUCUGCCAAGUCCGAUGAGGCCCAUGCCACACCAAUAAAUUGGGAAUGAUGGCACCACAACAUGCUCCCCAGGCAAUGAUGGGAUCCUGGCCUAUGGCAUACCCCUGGAUGGCAGCACCGUCCUGUAUGGUAUGGCUGCCCAUCCUGCAGCUGUCCGUUUUUUUCACUUUUCUUAUUUUUAGUUAGUUAAAGUAGUUUUGUUCUGGAGCUCUAGUCUUUUUUAUGUGGGGGAGAGGGGGAAACUGCUUUUCAGGGUCCCCGCCUUGUCGGGGAGGCUGCUUUUCUCCGACCCGCACCUCUGACCCGUCCUCGCGGGCCUGGAGCGGCGUCCCCGUCAGGACCGGCCAGAUCCUCGGCUUCGGCGGCGGCACAGUGCUGGAGCGCUAUCGCGGAGCGGGCGAUGCCUUGCCCGGGUCGCCACGCUGGGACUCCGGUGAGCUGAGACCGCCGAGAAAAACAUCGCGGAGCUGCGGGUCUGUGGAGCGGCCAGCUGCGGCGCUGAACUUUACAUCGGGAGCCUGGGAUCUCUCGCCGAGAUCACCAGUAGUGGAGCUCCACCCAGCGCGGCCUGUCGGCUUCGGAAGCCGUGGUCUCGAGUAAGGAGGCGGCCAUUCCAGGUAUCCCAAGCCACUGUGAGGAUUCUCCCGACACUGGAGCACCAUCACCCGGCGAGAACGGCCUGGAACAUCGGGCCUCCGUAAAAGCGACUGCAGAGGCCAAAAUAGGCCCAACUAUGGUUGGACAUGGGGAUGGGGACUGGACUUUGUGCCUUCCCUCAUAAUGGGAACCAUUGUGGGGGGGAUGUUUUUUAUGUUUAAAUUUCUUUAUUAUUGUCAUGUCUGUAUUUUGUUUAUGUGCUGCAUUGGCAACAAGCAUUUCAUUACACCAAUCGGUGUAUGUGACUAAUAAAUUAACCUUUGAUGUUAGGGCAGCCAGCUCAACGCCACAUCAUGCGGCACCCGGCAUGGAUAGGAUCGGAGCAACAGAUCCCGGCGCGAUUGGAGGGUCCCGACACAAGCCCCAACUUCAGCCUGAAUCUUUCCGACUAUUUGAUGGAGGAUUGCCCAGUGCAAAUGGGCCGUAAAGAGUGAUGCCCUCUCCAACAUUCACUAUUAUGUUGAAUUGUGUUGCACAUUAAACAUUAGCCUCUUGUUUUUUAAUACGUUAUUUGUUUGUUUGCACUAAAUAAACAAAUUAAUUCUUAUAAA